AGCGGUUUUGACAGUUUGCGGCCACGGAAAACGGACAGCAGAUGCGAAACGCCGUUACACCUGUAUACACCUGUAUACAGCAUAGAACACACGACACAGAAGCACAAACCCAGCACUUGACCCCAAAACCAAAGCGCCCCAGCGAGCGACGGCCUGCUCCCUCCCCUCCACCCCCAACGCCCUGCGCCGCAAGAUGAGCAGGUGAGGAAUCGCGAGCCCCAAUGGCCAAGGCCAAAUCCCACCGCUCAGAAGCUGCUCGAGGAACCAACGCCCAGCAUGCCGACGACGACGACGACAACGAAGACACGGGCCUCCUGGCCGUCCCGACCGACCACCGGGACGACGACGCAGACGCCGACGGCCGCAGCCCCGGCUCCCUCAACCCCCACAUAGCAGACGCCCCGCCCGCGAGCCGCCUGGGGGGCCGCCGGAAGCAUCGGCCGCAGAGCCUGUCGCCACGCCCGGCGCUGCACUCGCCGGGCCUGUCGUCGGGCCCGCGCACCCCGAACCGCGUGCGCUUCGACCUGACCCCUACCGUCGUCGACGACGCCCCCAUCUUUGCCCAGCAGCAGCAACAGGCGCGCCGCCCCUCGCCCGGGCUCCAGUUCCCGCUCAUCUCCCCUUCGUCGCGCGACAGCAUGGACAGCAUGGACAGCUUCGACGUCGACUCGGAGCCCGAGAACGCGCCGGGCGAGGAGCAGCGCCGGCUGCUGCUGACCGAGAUCGAGGCCCCCGCCGUCGCGCUCGCCAACAGCGGCCGCUCGUGGGGUCGCGAGCGGCAGCGGCAGCGGCGCGCGUCGUCGGAUGGCGUGUGGACGACCGAAGGCGACGACGACCAUGACGACGAUGCCGACGUCGGAGAACACCCACACGACGGCCGGCCCAAGAGCUCGCUGCAGUCGGCCUUUAUGAACAUGGCCAACAGCAUCAUCGGCGCGGGCAUCAUCGGGCAGCCGUACGCCUUCAAGCAGGCGGGCCUGCUGGCGGGCGUGGUGCUGCUGGUGGUGCUCACGAUAGUGGUGGACUGGACCAUCUGCCUCAUCGUCAUCAACAGCAAGCUGUCGGGCGCAAACAGCUUCCAGGGCACCGUCGAGCGCUGCUUCGGCCGCACCGGCCUGGUGGCCAUCAGCCUGGCCCAGUGGGCCUUCGCGUUCGGCGGCAUGGUGGCGUUUGGGGUCAUUGUCGGCGACAGCAUCCCGCACGUGCUGCUGGCCAUCUGGCCCAACCUGCCCGAGUACCCCAUGUUUGGCGUGCUGGCGGACCGCCGCGUCGUCAUCGUCAUCUUCACCAUGGGCGUCAGCUACCCGCUCUCGCUCUACCGCGACAUCUCCAAGCUGGCAAAGGCGAGCACGCUCGCGCUCGUCAGCAUGGCCGUCAUCGUCCUCACCGUCGUGGUGCAGGGCGCGCUGACGCCGCCCGAGUUCAGGGGGUCAUUCACCACGCCGCUGCUCACGGUCAACUCGGGCAUCUCGCAGGCCAUUGGCGUGAUAUCUUUUGCCUUUGUCUGCCACCACAACUCCCUCCUCAUCUACGGCUCCCUCAAGACCCCCACCAUCGACCGCUUCUCGCGCGUGACGCACUACUCGACGGGCGUCUCCAUGCUGGCCUGCCUCGUCCUCGCCCUAGCCGGCUUCCUCACCUUUGGCGACCGCACCCUCGGCAACGUGCUCAACAACUUCCCCUCGGACAACACCAUGGCCACGGUCGCGCGCCUCUGCUUCGGCCUCAACAUGCUGACGACGCUGCCUCUCGAGGCGUUCGUGUGCCGCGAGGUCAUGAUGAACUACUUUUGGCCGACCCUGCCGGGCUUCAGCCUGCGCCUGCACCUGGCCCUGAGCACGGGGCUGGUCGUGUCGGCCAUGGUACUGAGCCUGCUGACUUGCGACCUGGGCGUCAUCUUUGAGCUCGUCGGCAGCACCUCGGCCUGCGCCAUGGCCUACAUCCUGCCGCCGCUGUGCUACAUCAAGCUCGCGACGCGCAGCUGGCGCACCUACGUGGCCAUGGCCGUCGUGGUGUUUGGGUGCGCCGUCAUGGCCAUCAGCCUGGUGCAGGCCGUGGGCAAGAUUAUCAGUGGCGAAGGAGGCCAUGCGAAAUGCAUGUAGAACAAGCGCAUCGUGUUUUCCCAUGUAAACCCUACAAUACUGUGUAAUGACGGGCGAUCUGCGGCAUCAUCAUUCCUUAUUUUUGUUUAUUUUUAUAUGAUUUUUUUCUUACCGGUAUCCUCGGCCUUUUGUUUCCCGGAUUGCUAUUUUGCGAGGUGUUUUGAUGGGGGUAGCAUGGAGAGAGCGGCAAGACAGAAAUAGACUGGGCUGGAGGAGUUUCAAAGCACAAAAAGACAAGGCGAAUGAAUCUCUGUAUGGUCUAAGGCGUUCAUCUUGAUCUUUUGAAUCCAACCAAAGGUGGAAUUUGCUCGCUUCUUCGUCUUCUAGACAGCUGCUCAAUGGACAAACAAGCAAGGCAGCGAGCUGGCAGUCACUACAGGGAGCCCGACGCGCAACGUCAUGUGGACGAUUUACGGCGGCAGGCAAAGCAGGGUCCUACAUAAAACACACCACCAGCGACCACCGCCCGCCUGGGUUCAGCCAAGGCCAUGCCGUGCAUCACAAGGGACGAGGCGAGGCGGCGGGCUGGAGGGGUACGUAUCUGAUCUGUAUGGGUGGGUAGGUGGGUGAGUGCGGGGGGGAGAUUCACAAAGAAAAAGGGUGCUGUGCAGAGGCUGUCCACCUAUCACAGAGCCGCGAUUAUGCGUUGCAAAAGCUUCCCACCGUCGAGUCGUAUGACAUGAC